AUGAGAAACAUUUUAUUUGCUAUUCUAUGCAGUUUUAUACUUCUUAUCAGUUUAACUGCUAUCAAUGCUAAUGAUGAUGAUUGCCCUGAUGGUAAGAUUCCUGAAAAUCAAAAAGAAUCUUGUAAAUGUUGUAAACUAAAUUGUUGGAAUGCUGAAGCUGAGGAUGCAUCUGAAAAAUUGGGACAUAUACCAGGUGAAAAUAAUGAAGAGGAAGCUUUGAAUACAUUAAAUUUAAUUAAAAAAUGUAUGAUUGAUAAGUGCACUAAAUAUUGCAAAGCUCAAUUUAGACCCAGACCUUUCUUUAAUGGUAUGUGA